AUGGACACGUCUACAUCAAUGGUGAUCGGAUUCGACCACAGUAUGGAAGAUCAUCGUGAAGAAAAUGCAACGCAGGCCCUCAGCGACUGGAAUCAACUUAAUGAGUUGAAUGCGGCAUUUCGCAACGUCCUGGAGCGCCUAGAUGAUGUCCUAAGCGACCAAAUUAGGCAUAUUUCUGCCAUAAAGCGGCGAAAUAUUUUGGAAGUCGUUCGAGGCUCGCUCCAAUGCGCAGUCAUUAAGGUUAAUGAAAACCUAGGAUUAGGUGCGCCAGCGAACGAAGCAUCAAUUUUGGAUGAGCUGCAGAUGACGCAGACAGAACUGCGCGAGUUCUUACCGACAGUUAGCGGUCAUAGCAGCACACUUUGCGAAAUAGCCGCAAGUUUGGGUUGCGAAAUAGGUGAAGUUUCCGAAAUGGUUAAGAGCAAAUGUGACAUCAUUUCGGAACUACAAGAAGACCUGGCAGCUGCGAAGCUGCACGAAAUCAAUCAGAAUAAUAAGAUUGUCGAUCUAGAGAAUCAAUUGAGACAAUUGCAGGAUCAGGUGGCAAGGAUAUCUACGGCACAAUUAGCUGGAAAUAGCAGUGCUACAGCUCACGGAUCAGGUGGAUUUGAACGUCUUCCCCGACACGAGAGGUGGGCCACCGCAGGAAUGGACCGCGCCAUCCCGAGCAUCGUCGCGUCAAUCCUCACGACCGUCUUCCCAAAGCACGAUGAGUGGUGA